AUGUCUUGGCUCGGCGUCGCUCCCUUCAAGAAGUUCCCGGCUCCUUUCCUGAAGCCGAUGGCCCCCUUCUUCGCUGCUGGUCUGAUCAUCGCCUACGGCGCCAACUCUGCCCAGAACGCCAUGAUGGCCUCCGACGAGUGGAAGAACGACCCUCGCAACCCCAACGCCAAGACUGCCGGCACCGGCGGCCACUAA